AUGCCGAGAAUUGAGUAUGAACCAAAACUUGACUUCAAAGAUGUUCUCUUACGACCUAAGCGGUCCACGUUGAAGAGCAGAGCGGAUGUCGAUCUUAUUCGUGAAUUUGUGUUUCGGAAUUCGAAGAAGCACUAUGUGGGUAUACCAGUGGUGGCAUCAAAUAUGGAUACUGUGGGAACGUUCGAAAUGGCUGAAGUUCUUUCCAAGCACAAACUAUUCACAACAAUACAUAAACAUUAUACAAUUGAUGAAUGGCUACAAUUCAGCAAUAAAAUAGGCUGCUCAGAAAGUGUACUAUCGCAAGUGGCAAUUUCUUCUGGUAUAUCGGAAACAGAUUUCAUGAAACUGAAAAGAAUUUGUGAAAUGAUUCCUGCACUGCAAUUCAUUUGUCUAGAUGUGGCAAAUGGAUAUUCGGAAAUUUUUGUGGAUUUCAUACGGCGAGUAAGAGAAGAGUUUCCGCAGCAUACAAUAAUUGCUGGUAACGUGGUGACAGGAGAAAUGAUCGAAGAGUUGAUUCUAUCAGGAGCUGAUAUUGUGAAGGUAGGAAUCGGUCCUGGUUCAGUAUGUACGACUAGGAAAAAGGCUGGAGUUGGUUAUCCGCAACUAAGCGCCGUGUUAGAAUGUGCCGAUGCUUCGCAUGGUUUGAAUGGACAUGUGAUGAGUGAUGGUGGUUGUGCAAACCCCGGAGAUGUUGCCAAAGCAUUUGGUGCUGGUGCUGAUUUCGUGAUGAUUGGAGGCUUGUUUGCCGGGCAUGACCAGUGUGGUGGCGAAAUUAUUGAAAAAGAUGGCCAAAAAUUCAAGUUUUUCUACGGAAUGUCAUCUGAUACGGCAAUGAAGAAACAUCAGGGAAGUGUAGCAGACUACCGUGCUUCUGAAGGAAAGACAGUCACAGUUCCCUACAGGGGAGAUGUCUCAAAUACAGUACAAGAUUUGUUAGGUGGACUACGGUCAGCCUGUACUUAUACUGGCGCAAAAAAAUUGAAAGAACUUCCAAAACGAGCUACUUUUAUUCGCGUUACUCAACAGGCCAAUGAACAGUAUUCAAUGUUUGAAGUGUCUUCGUCAGAUUUAUCGGCUUCAAAUGCUAGAAUAUGA